AAAAAUGCGGACGAUUUAAUAAUGCCGAAUGUGCGAGUAUUUGAUUAUGAUUCUCGGGUCAUGACUGCAAGAAAUUUAUUGUCCAAAGGAACUCAAACCGAUUAUAGAGAUAGCGAAACUCAAACGAUACCAUGGGAGCCACCUUAUAAACUUGCUUUAGGUAGUAAAGAACCUGAAGUUCUUGGUCUUGAAAAUUUAUCAUGGGGUAGUGGAUUACCAGUAGGUACAGAUGAGUUAAAAAUAAUAAAGAGGAUGAGAGUAAAAAAAUCAUGGGAGUCUUUAUUACCUCCUCUUGAUUGUAAGGUCAAUGUACAAACACACAAAGCUAUAAUUACUAUGAUUGAUAGAGACGAAUGGUCGUUCCGUGACAAAGAGUUGGAAAUGAUGAUGGAUGAACGUCUGGAGUGGAUUAACAAAGUGAUAAAGACUAAUAAUUACCAGCGAAAAAAAAAAAUAAUACAACGGUUUGAAAAAGUCGGUAAAUAUUUAACUCAAUUACGAAAUAAACGGAUUAAUGAAAUAAAACAUGAAUUAAAUAGAGAAAUUCGUAAAAUAAGCGCCAAAAAUCGUAAUAAAAAUUCGAAAUUUAUUAAAAAUCCUGGGGGAAAAACUACAGAUCUUAAAGACGAAUGUCUAUUUAGGUUUAAGCUUGACGAUGAAUCUUUUUAUGAUUCAUUGUUGAACAGAAAAACGCUGCAGGAUAAAAAAGAUCCAAUGAGCUAUCUCACUCGGGUUAAUCACAUUAAUCAACUAAGUGAUAAAAAGACCGAUGAACUUUGUUUACGCGAAACGAGAUGGACUGAUGAUAUGCUUAAAAAUUUACAUAUCGACUUAAAAAACAUACGAUUGAAUACAGCAUCUAAGCUAAUUUUAUAA